UCUCAGUCACUUGUGCUGCGAUCGAGGACACCAUGGGGAAGCUUCAGGGGUUUGAGAUCACGUUUGACCAAAACAAAGUGGUGUACAGUCCGGGCGAGUCUAUCUCUGGAACCGCGACGUUCCGACUGGGCCAGCCGCUGCAGUGUAAAGCCAUCAAAGUGAACUGCAAUGGUUUCUGUGGCAUCACCAGUAAGGAAAAUGACACCGCAUGGACAAUGGAGGAACAGUAUUUCAACAGUACCGUCUCAGUUGCAGAUAAAGGAACCCUGAAACAGGGAGAACACACUUUUCCCUUCAAGUUCUCUAUACCAGAAUCUGCACCAACAUCUUUUGAAGGCAACUUUGGUCGCAUCGUUUACAGAGUGAGAGCUUUUAUUGACACACCGCGAUUUGCCAAGGACUACAACACAGAGAAAGCUUUCUUCCUACUACGUCUUCUAAACCUGAAUGAAGUGCCAGAUAUAUGGGGAACCUGUACAUCUGCAGUGAAGCAGCAGUUCACCUACAUGCUGGUGAAAACAGGCACAGUGGUCCUGAAUGCCCAGUCCGAUAUGAAGGGUUACACACCAGGCCAGAUCAUCCAGGUGUUGGUCAAAAUCCACAACCAGUCUGGGAAGACCACAGGCAACAUGGCAGCCAGCCUCAUGCAGAGAGUUACCUAUGAGAUGAAGAAGCCCACCCAUGAUGUGAGGACGAUAGCAGAGGUGGAGGGCGGUGUGGUAAAGGCUGGCAAGGAGUUGGAGUGGAAGGAGCAGAUCAUCAUUCCUCCUCUUCCUCAGUCCUCCCUGGCUGGUUGUGAUCUUAUAAAGAUUGAAUAUUAUGUCAAAGUCAGUCUAAAGUCUCCAGAUGUCAUGUUAACAUUACCCAUCCACAUCGGGAACGUCUCACUAGAUAAAAAACUGCACCCUUCCAAAAAAGAAGCUCCUCCCUCCACUGUUGCAGCUGAAGAUCCACUCGUGUCUACCUCUACACCUAACUCCUCCACCAGCUCGCCCACUCUUCCUCCUCGCCCUGUCCCAAAACCUGCUCCCCGUCCCACACCUCGCUCCAGGAUGUCCUCCCAUAAUUCCCCCAGUGCUCCUCCAGCUGAGUACCACCAGGGAGCAGAGGGCGGGACUCAAGUGAACGAUGGCUUCCAAAACAAGCGCCAGUCUCAGCUGGUGUCACCCAAUGCUUUCAGCUAUGCUCCCGGCCUCUUUUUCUCCCAGAACCAGCAGCACAAUGGACCUGGCUCUGUACCCAGUGAGCCUAUGCUUAGUGGGUCACAAGGAGCCUCAGCACCUUACCCCACUGAGAACGGUGCUAGCUCAAUGCCGACACCACUCAUCCUGCCUCCAGACUACGGCAACUCAGCUUAUCCACAAGAGGCUCCUCCUUCUUAUGAUGAGAGUUGCAACACAUGAAGUGGAUGAAGAACCACCCGGAUGACCAUCAUUUCACUCUGACAUCCAACAAAACUAUUGCAAGACAGGAAUGUUAAUGUAACCUGGUGUGAUGAGGUUAAUUUAGGUUUAAGUCUCAAGCUUUUCUAAAUGGAAGAGAAUCAGCAUUUUUAAUUUAAAUGAAAGUGUAUUGACCUGGACCUCUGCUGUCCAGUGAACAAGUCCUUCACUUAUCUAAAGGGGUUAUUCUUUCCAUCAAACCUGUCUGUCAAUUUUGUAAUUCUUUUUAAUUUUUUAAAAACUUUUAGUACUUUGAGUAAAAGGAAAUUCAAGGGGAAUAUGCCAACUUUAAUUUCACUUGGAUGGCAUCUGUGAUGUCAAGUUUUAUAUAUGAAAACUUGUGUAAGACUAACCUAUCUCGUCUUAAGUCUAAUAUACUUUUAUUCAGAAGCCAAAUAAGAAAUGAAGCUGUGUAUUUAUUAUUGGAAACAGGUGAAAUCAUUUCUUUUCUUCUGGCAUAUUUUUCAUUUAUUUUAAGUUUGAAUAUCAAAGACUUGAUUAAAUGGUUUGUUUUGGAAAGACCUUUUUACAUGGCUUUGCAGAGUUUUUAAUUUAAUAAUGAUGAUCCAGUUAUUGCUACAUAUAUUUUUGGAAGAACAUAAUGCAUGAUUCAGUUUAGCCUCUGACAAUUUCUGCCAUGUUUGAUCCUUUGUUUGCUUCCUGUCCUUGAACUAUGUGGUAAUGAUGUUUAGAGGAUGAUGUCGUCGUCUUCUUCUCCAGCUGCAUGCAUGUUGGCUCUGGAUAUGCCAGACAGCCCCUCUCUGUCUUGUUUCUUUUAAUAGUUAACACAAGUGCAACAUUUCUCUGAUUUUGAGGUUUUCUUUGGCAAUUCUUGAUGUAGUUUGCAUCAUGCAUUUUAAUCGUAUAGUUGAAAUAUUUCUCAAAUCCAUCAAACAAAACAACGUUUUAUUUGUUUUGAGUGUUUUCCACCUGCUGUAUACAAUAAAUCUGUUGAAAUCA